CAGCACAUCGCUAACUCCGGUACAGCAGGUAACAGUUCGCUCACUUUGUUGUACAAUGUUUUAGACACGUAGGCCAAGCAACAAACAGUGGAUUGCAGAGUAGACAUCGGGUGCUCACCCUGACUGUCAACGUGUGAGAAAUCAUGUCUGAUACCAAAUCAGAAACGUCGGAUGAGCGAGAUAAAAAUUUCAACUCAUUAAACAUGGGACAAAACUCUGCAGCCGAACCUAGGAUUCAGCAGCCAGGAGAGGUUAUCGCCCCUGAAGUAUCUCAAUCGGAUGUUACGAAAGCUGCAGAGGAGAUUUACGGCCUGCAGAUCAUCAGCUGUCGUCAGCUGAACGGCUACGACGAUAAGAACUAUCACCUCGUGACUUCCGGUGUCACCUCCAACCCACACCUGAGUGCGCCUGCACCCGAGGGCUAUGUGCUCAAGAUCAUCAACUCCAUGGACACUCAACGACCAGAGAUUCUUUAUGCCCAGGUCGCCUUCAUGAAGCAUCUCAGUGCGCGUGGCAUCGGUGUACAGGAGCCGCUACCUGAUAAAAAUGGCGACCCGGUGGCUUUCUACACCUUCCCAUCCCCGGACGGGAAAGGCGAGGGCCGAAGGCACGCAGUGUGUUUGCGAUCCUUCAUGCCAGGGAAGAUUCUGGCUGACGUCACGCUGACCCCUGACCUUUGCUACCAAGUGGGUCAGUUCCUGGGCAAGAUGAGCGCAGCUCUGCAGGAUUUUGAUCAUCGUUUCUACGACAUCUUUGACUGUCUGUGGAGCAUGAACAACAUCUCGAAGCUGGGUGAGUUCACCGCACGCUGUCGCGGACCCACAGGAUCGACGCCUGGUGGAGGAGGUCAUUGCAGAGUUCAGUCGAUGUGUGCUGCCAAGCGAGGAGAAAUAAGACAAGGUUUCGUGCACGGGGAUCCCAACGAACAGAACAUCCUCGUCAUCGUCAAAGAUCGUGACUCCCAGCUUCCGCCGUCUGUCGAUCACACAGAAUACGUCAUUUCCGGCAUUUUAGACUAUCAGGACGUAGCCCGCACCCACCCUCUGUACGACCUGGCCAUGUGCAUCGCUUAUGUCAUGCUCACGGCCACGACCUUCGACCCCUUGGAGGUCGGAGGUCACAUACUAGCCGGGUACACGUCGCAGCUGGCGUUGCCGGCCCUGGAGAGGGCGCUGCUGAAGACGACGGUGGCCAGCAGGUUGGCGCAGUCGCUGGUGCUGGGCGCCUACACUCACAGCCUCGACCCCAACCACUACGUCCUCACAACGGCGGCGCGCGGAUGGCCCGUUCUGCGUUCGCUGUGGGCCGCGCCUACACCGGAAGCUAGACUCGAGAUGGUCUACAAUCGAAGCUUCGUAUGACAGAUGACUGCGACACAGUGACACAACUAAGCUGCAGGGUCUGUGGUUCGGGUUCUCGCCUUCACACGAAUGCAACAGGUGCAGCUAUUCUUAGUUCAGCCAUUUUCCGCUUCAUUACUAAGCAGAUUGAUUAAUAUUCUUUAAAAAAAAAAUUACUUUCUGGUGGAUAAAAACCUGAAACGUUUCCUCAUACAAAAUUAUACAAGUGAUACCUUUGAGGAAGCAGAAUGUGGGUGCGAUGCAGUAUAUGUACUUCGCUUGAAGCAAGAAUCUGCUUCAAUGAUACCUGCAGCACCACUGGAUACAAAAGUUCUAUGUAAUGGCAGUCAUGAAGUUUUGGAAAAGAUGACAUUGGCAUGACAGCAGACUAAUGUUGCUCUUCACCGAUGAUUGUCAUGGCAUCUGCCACAUUGGCAUUUCAUGUACCAUUCGUAACUUCAUUCCCUACCAAGUCCCUCUUCUCUACAUUUUCAGUCCCGACACUGUACUCGGGUUCUUAGCCGUAUAGAACGAUUCCCAGAUCCAUUAUGCCAGCUUUUCUAUGACCAGAAAAGUAUAUCUUGACUAAUUUUAGUCAAAUGACCCGACUAUGAACAAACAUUUAUCCAUGGCGUUGCGAAAACCGGAGCUGAACACUGAUUUCUCAUCUACCUUCCUUUCAUUUUCACACCACGACCUCAUUUUAUCCUCAAAAGUGUAAAACAUCUCAAUACACACGGUUCAUUUGUUUGUUUUGUUAAAGAGUGCUAUCACUGGUUUAAAGGACCACGAUACAUCCACCCACGUCAGCUCAAAAGGGAGCUCACUCCGAUAAUCCCACUCGAACUGUCAUUAGACAUUAGACGCCAAGCUGGCUGUCCAACGUUUAGCAGACAGCUCAACUGUUUCUAUUCAGCCGACUGGUGUAAGCUAAGCCAUCCAGCUAAGCACUUGCUGUAAUAAAGCGAGUGUUGUGCUCCUGGCCCCAGGACGGCGCUGUCAGCAUGACGUCACGGGGUUAUUUAUAGCUUAGAAGCGGUAGACAGUGUCAAGAAAAGUGAAGCUGACUUGGAAAACCUCCCGUCUCCCCUCACCCUACCUCCACCUCCUCCUCUCCUUGUUUUGUCUUUGUCUAUCAAGCAGCUUAAAGAUCUCUGCCCCUUUGCUAGCGUGCGCCAAACUCUGUGAUAUGGCGAUAGUAAGCAAGCUUGCAAAAUAAACCAAACAGAAAGGCA